UAAUGGUGGUCCACAGGAAAUGUUCCCUGAAAGAGAGGUCCCUGCAGUGGAAACACAACUCGAGGACUCCUUCAAAGCGGCUCUGGACAAACAUAUAAAUAUUGCUUCGGUGACCUUCAUCCUCUAUCCCUUACCCACUGCAUUUACUGCCACUACGAACGCAUACACAUCUCCUUGACAUCUCAAUCAAUUAUCUUCUGGCCUAGAUGACACAAUCUACAUCCCACCCCUCUUCGCCGAACGAUUACGAUUCUUCCAACGUGGCACAAUACAUGCCGAACACUGGCAUGCCGAUGGGUCAAUUUCCCUACCCCCAGCCCGCAUACAUUCCUCAUCCAGGCUCCUCCUACCCUUACGAUGUGGCACCUAAUGCGCCGCAUGGUGCCACUCCCUCAUACGCCCCCGUCGCACCUUCGCCUGGUGUGGGUGCUGGAGUUGAGCAUCACGCAUUCCAAGCGGGACCAAAUGGUUAUUACCCACCUGCAGAAGCCGAUGUCACUAACGUUGGUCCAAACCCACCGCUAACUGAAGCUACUCCUCCCCCACAAGACCCAUCCGCGCCCCUUCCGUACCACCAACCUUUCCCAUCGAAUUCUUUUCCAGGAGGCGUGAACCCUUGCGCCCCAUCCGCACCGCACCAAGGAUAUCUCCCCCAGAAUCACGAGCCUGGGCUCCCAACAGCCCUUGCUCCCUUUUUUGUCCCUCAAGAACCAAGUUUGUCGGUCGGUCAAAAGCGCGUCGCGGAAGGCCUCGAAGGACGCGACAGCAAGCGAACUAAGAGAGUCUUCCGCAGGCUCAAGAGCGACCCGUUAUUUAAACCCGUGUUAGAUCAUAAUGGUCAACCCAACGGGACAUUCGUCUGUUCUCAGGACGGCUUAAUACUCAAUCCUGAAAGCUAUCUCAAGCACCUCAAGACGAAAGUGCACCUAGGCUUUAAACUAGAGAGAUACAAAUGCCCUGGUUGUAUCAAAACUUUUGCCCGACGUGAUUCCUGCAAGAGGCAUUGGGAUGACAGGCAUGGAAAGCCAACAUCUGAGGGCGCUCGGGUAUCAUUCGCAGACGCUUGCAAAAAUUCUACGAGUUCCGCCUCUGCUGCGCCUGUGACAGUACCCACCACGCCGUUCACAUCGCGCCCCCAAUCAGCUUGGGUCACGCAAUCGUAUGGAACGCCCACUGUCGCGGAUCCCGGACUUUACCUCCCUCAACCACCAGAAAAUAACGUGGUCACAGAGCCUGCCGAAGACAAUGACGACGAAGACGAUGCUGAUUUUUGGGAGGCUAAUGAGAUACGUGACGUGGAUGAGAUGUAGUUAUAUUUCCCUCCUGCUACCAACUAAUUUCUCUGUUUUAUUAUCUGCUGUUGUUUAUUCGCAUAUUCGUUCCACCCACACACAUUAUUUCUAUUCUCUAUGGCAUAACACGCUACUCUUCGUUCAUACUAUUACGAUCCUCGUUGUCGUUAUCGUUAUUGUUAUCAUCAUCAAGGUGAUUUGGUGAUUUGUUGG